AUGUUGGGUUCAUUUUCCCGUUCCGUUCCUCGUCUUUUUAGACAACCAGGGUCCGCGAUCUUACGGAGAUGUUUCGCUGCUGAAGCUGCUGUAGGGCGCUUUGGUAUGGCUCUAACGUUUGGUUCUCCUACAGAGGUAAGUAGUUAAAAAGUCAGAGUAGUCUUGUGGAAACGUGGUGAGCCAGACGUGUUAUAUAAUGCAGUUUUAAAAUAAGCUCGACUGUCUCUUGACAGGGAGAUAACUAUUUUAUAAUCUUUGGCUACUAGAAAAAUCUACCUGUAGGGUGCAUGUUGUCUUUGAACUGGAAAAACUUUAAUACAGAAAGUAUCUGUUGGGUUAUAUUAGGUCAAGAUGCCCAAUAUAUUUCUGCAGUAGCCUUUCUAGGUAUUGAAAUUAUUAUUUUGACGGCCUUGAAAUAGUAUGGCAGCUGUGAUGGAUGUGAGUAGAAGGAAAUGUGGUUACUGCUUAUUUUACAAAAACAUAUUAUUAUGUUUGCCACAACAUAACAUCUUUCAUUGCUAAUGCUCUGAGUCUCUAUUGCUGGUGGUGUUUUGCAAGAGUAAGCUCCCUGAAUCAAGAAUACAAUAAUAUUUCAUACUGUUGAUAGAAAUCUGUCCAGAAUCUUGUCAACUGCAAUUGCAGUUGAGAGACAAGAGGUCACAAACUCAGUGGAGAGCACAUAUUUUCUUUAUAAUUUUCCAUAUAUUUGCCUGACAAGAAAUAAGUUUUACUGUUGCUGGUGUCAAUUCAUAAUAGAACUCGACAUUGGUGGUAAUUGACCAGGAGAAAGAAAAUUUCAAACAAAUCUACAUAUGUUGUCAGCAUGGAAUUUUCAAGGCUAAAUCACAGAGAUCUGUCUUGCAAACAUGCCAGUGGCAAUGUGUGAUGAUAGUAAGCCAUAUUCACAUUCAUAUUUUGGAAAACUAUGCUCAACAGGCAGAGAAAAACAAAUGGUGCCAUUUCUACAGUCUAUACUCUCACUAGACCAUAGCUCUCGACCAAUCAGCACAUAGGAAAUCACAGUUAUUGUAAAUACAAAAUACAGUACCACUCACAAGUAAGUUGACAGUUGACUCAAGACUUGAUACUCACAUCUUGAAACUCACAGCGACAAUCGAGUCUUUAGUCGAGACUAUCAGCUUACUUUCGAGUGUUACUACUGUNUAAGUAGUUAAAAAGUCAGAGUAGUCUUGUGGAAACGUGGUGAGCCAGACGUGUUAUAUAAUGCAGUUUUAAAAUAAGCUCGACUGUCUCUUGACAGGGAGAUAACUAUUUUAUAACCUUUGGCUACUAGAAAAAUCUACCUGUAGGGUGCAUGUUGUCUUUGAACUGGAAAAACUUUAAUACAGAAAGUAUCUGUUGGGUUAUAUUAGGUCAAGAUGCCCAAUAUAUUUCUGCAGUAGCCUUUCUAGGUAUUGAAAUUAUUAUUUUGACGGCCUUGAAAUAGUAUGGCAGCUGUGAUGGAUGUGAGUAGAAGGAAAUGUGGUUACUGCUUAUUUUACAAAAACAUAUUAUUAUGUUUGCCACAACAUAACAUCUUUCAUUGCUAAUGCUCUGAGUCUCUAUUGCUGGUGGUGUUUUGCAAGAGUAAGCUCCCUGAAUCAAGAAUACAAUAAUAUUUCAUACUGUUGAUAGAAAUCUGUCCAGAAUCUUGUCAACUGCAAUUGCAGUUGAGAGACAAGAGGUCACAAACUCAGUGGAGAGCACAUAUUUUCUUUAUAAUUUUCCAUAUAUUUGCCUGACAAGAAAUAAGUUUUACUGUUGCUGGUGUCAAUUCAUAAUAGAACUCGACAUUGGUGGUAAUUGACCAGGAGAAAGAAAAUUUCAAACAAAUCUACAUAUGUUGUCAGCAUGGAAUUUUCAAGGCUAAAUCACAGAGAUCUGUCUUGCAAACAUGCCAGUGGCAAUGUGUGAUGAUAGUAAGCCAUAUUCACAUUCAUAUUUUGGAAAACUAUGCUCAACAGGCAGAGAAAAACAAAUGGUGCCAUUUCUACAGUCUAUACUCUCACUAGACCAUAGCUCUCGACCAAUCAGCACAUAGGAAAUCACAGUUAUUGUAAAUACAAAAUACAGUACCACUCACAAGUAAGUUGACAGUUGACUCAAGACUUGAUACUCACAUCUUGAAACUCACAGCGACAAUCGAGUCUUUAGUCGAGACUAUCAGCUUACUUUCGAGUGUUACUACUGUCCCUCCACAAGUUCUAGCCAGGCGUUACUGAAAGCGCUGCUUGCUAUAACUGUGCUUAAACCAGUCUCCCAAGAUGUCGAAAAGGAAAAUAAAAUAAGAAGUGUAUUCUAUGCUCUUAUUUGAGCUGUUUUUGAUUGGAAAACGUAAAACAGAGCAAUCAAAUUGAUAUUAUAUAUUUAACUAGUAUCGUAAUUGAUUAGAAAACGACCAUCAAAUUGCACAGUACAUGUAGAAAGUUGGCAUGGUUUUUGCAUGCUGUUAUCCCCAUCGAGAACAUUCAGAAGGCCUUCAGGUAAUUUUCAGAGAGUAUUUAGACACUGUCAAGAAUGACAUUCUUACAAUGGAGAGAUUAAUUUUCUAGAUCUCUCCAGAUAUUUGUACUCUGUGGGUUGGUAGGUAUGAUGUAUUCUCAGACCUGCCCUCAAGGGAAGGAAAGGGAAGGAGCAAACAGCUGCCUAAUAAUGGCUCCAAGCCAGAAGGUGGCCACUGAAUAGGAGACUUUAAAAAUACAGACUUCAAUGUAACAACAGUCCUGAUCAGAACUACACUCACGGGGGUGAUUGUAUUCCACCUACUUAAAUAUGAAAUGACUCCUACAUUCAAACGUUUACCAUUUUAGACCUUCUAUUCAGAAGUUGAUGUGAAGCAAGUUGAUGUAACUACUACUACUGGAAGCUUUGGCAUUCUACCAAGCCAUGUACCCACCCUAGCUACUCUAAAACCAGGGCUUCUCACAGUACAUGAUGAAGGAGGUGCUACUAAAUAUUUUGGUCAGUAUUACAGGCCACAGUUAGUUCUAUCAUAAUAAAUGAAAAUGAUUAUUAUUAAUUUUAUCCCUCAACCCUUCAAUAUCAGUGUGUUUGUAAUCAACCUUUGUCACCUACGAUCUUGGACAAAAGUCCGGGAAAGUCAUUCAAUAUUUUCCAUUACCAUUUAUUUUCAGGAUGCCUUCUGAACCUUUAAGCCCCAAUAUCCACAUACAAAUUCUUCAAACUGAUCUCCAUACAUUUCUACAAAGAAUAAGUUGCGAGAAUUUGUUUGAAGAUCAAAGCAUUUUCCCUUAGGUGAUCAUUGAUUGAUUGUCAUAAACUGUUCUUUCAAUUAGGGACGGACCAUUAGAAAAGUUAUGGGGGGUGGGGAAUUUUCAAGCCGCAGGAAUUUUUUGUCGUUAUCAAAUUCCUUGUAUGAUUUUUUUAAGGCCAGAGCAUGAAUAUUUUCUAGGGUUAAUUGGCGUGCAUGAAUUUUUUUCUCAUUUUAUUUUCCCUUGUGCGUAUAUUUUUUUGUACUUGUUAUUGUUAGGAGAAACUUGAUGUUGGUCACUCUUGGGACUUUAAAGGGAAAGGUUUACGGAUAAGCGCAUGCUCAUUAAUUAAAUUACUUUUUCCCAAUUCAUUAUUAAUUCUAUCGGUUAAUAAUCCCACUCACAUGUAUCUCAGCAAUCUAAGAGUGUAUUUCAAAGUAGAAGUGUAUUUUAGAGUAACCUGAAGUAGGAUGGAGGAGUAAUAAAAUUGUAGAAAACAUUAGUGGAUUAUGCCAACACUACCAACGUUGAAUUUAUUGUUGACCCGAAGGUUUUAUUCCAUGGCUGGUUAAUUUACAGCUAUUUGCACACAAGUUGAUCAAGUGACUGCCAGGGGAGUGUGCAGAUUGGUUCUUUGACAACAUUAUGACAUCAUAUUGCUUGCAUACAUGAUACAGCAUGUGCCUGCAGAAAAACAGCAUUUUGAUAAAUGAGCAUGCGCUGAACUGUGAACAUGUCCCUUUAAAGGGUAAAGAAUUGCUAUUUUUGUCACAAAUGCCUUGCUUUUACCCUUCCCUACCCGAUGCAAUUUUGAAAGUUUAGUAAAAUUGGGGAUAUAUACCAGUAACCCCUGAUUUGUGUUUAAAAUAUUUUGUGUCAAGUAUAUGACAUUUUGGACUAAGAAAUGAUGUUUGAGGAUGUUUUAGAAUCAUUGGAAUUGAUAGAAAUUACAAAUUUUUGUUUUUAUUACUGUCAAACAUCCACUAAUAGCCACCUCUCCACAACAGUCACUUUUAUGGCAGACAAUCCAGGCAUCGACUGUUGUUUAACUCUCUACAACGGCUACUUUUUUCUGCGCCAAAGGUGGCCAUUGUGAAGAGGUUCAACUGUAUUUCAGCCUCACAUUAUAGCUAAUUGACAAUUGUCUCCUUGUGAAAUAGGCUGGCCCUUACAAUGUAUAUAGAACCCUGAGAUCCCUGGCCACACUGAGUGAUCAAUGUUUGCUCUACUGUGCCUGUAAAUGGUGCACGAAUAGAAUGCAUUAAAUAAUGUUAUUAUUCAUUCAAAAUAUUUCCCCGAUUCUGAUUGGCUAAAAGCACACGUUUAAUUCACCAUAACCAGUUACUAAUGACCAAAUUUGGAAGAAUUUUGACUUUAACGAGGAAAUGACGUCAAAAAUGCAGCGUUUUCGCAGGUUAAGGCACCAUUAACCGAGAAGACCUGGGAUGAGGUUGAGUUGUUUUGGUUGUGAACUUGAAAAAAUGGCAGACAUUUCACUCGUUUCAAGAGUAAGAACUAGGCGAAAGAAUAGCUAAAAACAUGGCAAGAACAGCAAGAAGACAACUCGAAGGGCGACAUCUGCUAUUUGGAGAAUAUUUGUGGAGACGGACAAACCUAAACGUACACUAUCAAAGAUGAACUAAACAUCAAUGGAUCGAUGGAGGUAAGCAUGUUUUAGCUAUGUUUUUAAACUAGGAAUUAUUUUGAAUGAAUAAUAAAACAGUUAUUGAAUUCGGCUUUCGAAUCAUAUGAAGAAUUAUGGAGAUCGAGGAGGGUGUUAUCCGUUGAGGCCAUAGGCCUAGGCGGAUAACACCCUCCGAGAUCUCCAUAAUUCUUCAUUAGAUACUCAGCCUCAUUCAUUAACUGUUAAUUAAGAUGAUCUUUUCUUCUGUUAAUAGCGAGCAGUGGAACAGUGUCCAUUAAUGCUGACUCCACAGUUCAAAUCCUGGCUGAGGAAGCCCAUCCUUUAGAAAGAUUUGACCCACAGGUACAGUGUAUGGUAGUGUACCUUGUCAGCUUUGUUGUGCAUCACUAUUCAUUCUGUGUUUGGCCAGUGAUCCAACCACUGUACAGUUUUUGCAUGUGAUAGUGACUUGACAUUAUCACCAACCGGUAGCUGGGGCUAGUAUCAAAGAGUCACAGAAAUCUGAUAAGAUGUCUUUAUUUAGAGGCACAGAUAGAGAAGUUGAAGGGAAUAGGAAAGAGGGGAGGCCCAAAUUGCAUAUUAGGCAAAGCCAGCAUCUCUGCCCUUCCCACAUUCCUCAAUUUGUUUUGGUUUUCGUCAAAAAGGGAGGCAAUAAUAGGCCACUUGCCCUAAGAGGUCACGUGACCAAUGCUUCCUUUAAACAAUGAGUUGAAUUCUUACUGAUGCCAAAAUUGACAGAGCACAUAAAAAUUAUCUUACACCCAAAAUUUGAGGGGAAAUGCAUUAAAGGGAGACAUUUUAUGGCACUCUGUUUUUUCAACAAAGUAGUAUGAUUUGUAUUGGCUGCCAUGUUGGAGGGCAUACUCUUGCCCUCCAACAUGACGGCCAUAACUACUUUUUGCUUGUAUCUUGUUAAACGUUUGAUAGUUACACCCAGAGGUGCUGUAAAUGUUACCACAUCAUCUUUUCAACAUUUUCCUCGAAGUUUAAGUGCAAAAUUUGUGUUCAGAAAGAGGCAAUUCAUUAUUUUGAAAAUCACAAUUUGGUCACAUGACCAGCGUCGAACUUACUCAUUUUAAGAAAAUGGCGCGAGUUUGAAAAAAGAAAUCACUAUUUUUUUGUUUAAGAUAUGACCAACUAAUCAUUUUUCGAAGACAACAUCAUAACGUGUAUAACUUUCAUUUUCAUAAAAAUGAUGUCACAUGACCUGUUAGUGCAAAUGGCCUAUAAUUGAGGCUGUGCAUGUACAUACAUAAGACUCUGUCUAGGUGUUGUGUUGGAUUACUGGUACACUGCAAGACUUUUAUUGGCUGUACAUAUAAUUAUCAAAAUAAUAUAAUCAAGAGAAAAGGAGAUAUGAAUUAAUAAGUUAUGAUUACCAAUGCAAUAAUGCUUUGAUAUUUUUUCAAAUUGUAAUAUUCAGUAUCGAAAUGUGUGCAAAUCAGUCAGGAGAAUUUAUUCUGUCCAUAUUGGGACUUAAAGGGAUAACAGUUACAUGUACAUGUACCAUAUUUAUUUGAUUAAGCACCGUGGCAUUUAUUAAAUUUUUAGUGUUUCCAAUGGGGCAUUCAUUCAAGGGCUGCAUUUAUUUUUCAGUGACUUUUCUUGAAUCACUGGCAACAGUUAUUGUAAAUCAUUUGUAAAUAUUAUGUAAUUUAAAGGUCCCAAUGUCUGGUAUGUUGUUGCCAUAGAAUCGCAAUUAAAUGUCUGAAUGGGGUUAAUUACAAAGUUGUACCAAGGUUUUUCUUGUUAUCCUGGAGUAAAUGCAGCAUUCUUCUGAUUGGGUGCAGUGUUGAUUCAAGGGCUGCGUUUAUUAGGAAAUUUGUUUCCAUCUGUGGAGUUUGAUCAAGGGCGGCGUUUAAUCGAAUAAAUAUGGCAUGCAACUGUCCCAAGGGUGAUGGGCUGCUAAGAAAAUUACUGCUCUUUAUUUUGCAAAGUGAAAUUUGUGUACUUGUUUUAAAUUAAUUUUGACUUUGAUCUCUUGUGUAAUUAAGAAUUAACAACCGUGUGAAUAAUAAUAUUUUUAUCUGUUUUUUUUUUUUUCAGGCCGUCAGUCAGCAGCUAGAACAGGCCCAACAAAAUCUGUCCAGUGCAUCUGGAGAAGAAGAUAAGGCCAAGGCUCAAAUUGCUGUAGAGUGUUUAGAGGCCUUAAAUAAAGCUCUUGGACAAUAA